AUGUUUGUGCGAUCAUGUACUCGCCACUCACAAAAACGUUUGAUUUCAUGUCGUUCCGCUAGAUUGCGUGAGCAGGUAAGACAAAGGCCAUGGUUUUACGCAACAGACGUUCCGAAAACGAAACCAUAUGAGGCAGAUUAUAAGCCAGACAAGUUACCAAAGCAAUUCAUCAAGUUUUCUAAUAAUGACUCGAAGAGAUUGGAAGUGAAAUAUCAACAGGGUAAAGCUAAACAGGGAAAAAAUGAGGGCGAAAAAGUGCCUGUAAAUGAAGACUUCUUAUUUGAAGUGGAUAUUGCCAAGAUGGAGCUACGGCCAACAUAUUGGGAGGGUCCCGUAUAUGAGGUACGUCGUGGUAUAUGGUUUGACUCGGCAAACAACCCAGUGAAGUUCGAUUUGACCAACGAACUGGAAGAAUACUAUUUGAAGGUGAACUUUGAAAAGGACAAUGAUGCAGAAUCUGUGCAGGACAUUUUUAGAUUAUCGAAAGAUUAUGGAGACUUCAAGUUCGUCAUAUUUUUAGAUGCUAAAACGGCAUGUCUGUUGCCGGAAUUAGAAGGUGGUGAACUACAACUGAAGUUGUUGAGAGCUAACGUGCUGCCUCUGUUGGCUACUAAAGGCACGAAAAUCACAAGGGGCCUCAGUGAAAACGCAAUCGCAGAGGCGGCUGAAAAGGCAAAGACGGCAAUCGGAAAUGAAGUGGCUACAACUACCAAAAAUCUUGGGAGUGUGUCAGAUCUGAUAAGCUGGGAAUUACCUAGUGUUUUUGGGGUAGGAACACGGAGUAAAAAAACUGAUCAAAAUACUAAAAAACUAGAUCAGGAGGAUGAUAAUGUCCUGAAAAGAGAAAUUGAAAAGGAUUACGAGAAUGUAUUACAUAAUAAACGCGAAGCAAAGCAUUUGGUACUAUCUGUCCACGGAAUUGGACAGAAUCUCGGAAAGAAAUAUGAAUACGUUAAUUUUGCUCAUACUAUCAAUCUAUUGAGGUCAAAUAUGAAAAAAAUAUACAAGCAAUCCAAGAACUUACAAAAAUUAAAUGAAAUAAAUGGCUUUGACGACCACGAAUCGAAUUGCAACGUACAGGUCCUACCCAUAACGUGGCGACAUACAAUUGGAUUUCAAACCGAUGCAAAAAAACCACAUGAUUCUAAUCCUCACCUACCCACUCUGGGAAACAUCACGGUGAAUGGAGUUCUCGGCCUCAGGCGUCUGCUUGGGGAUGUAGCACUGGAUAUUUUGUUAUAUGGUGAACGAUACUACAAAGAGAAGAUUAUAAAUGAAGUAGGAAAGCAACUGAAUCAUGUCUAUGGAUUGUUCAAAAAAAAUAAUCCUGGCUUUGAAACGGAGGUGCAUCUACUUGGUCAUUCUCUGGGUAGCUUGAUUCUAUUUGAUAUACUUUCGGAUCCAAAGAUGUUCAAACUUGACUUCAAAGUAAACAAGUUCUUUUGCAUUGGUUCCCCAGUCGGCGUUUUCAAACUAAUUCAAAGAACACAGAUACGCCCCAAGGGCAUACCACACAACAAUGAUCCUAACAAAAAAUUUGAGACACCCGAUUGUCAAGAUCUAUACAAUUUGUUUCACGUUUGUGAUCCCAUUGCAUACAGGUUAGAACCUCUAGUACAUAACACGAUGGGUGAGGUGGAGCAGGCACAUAUCACUCAUUGGUCCGACAACAGCACUAUCGCUUCGAGAGUUCUGGAACUGGGUGGCUACUUUCUAAAGGACAAUGACAAACAGAAAAAGUUGUCCCGCGGCAAAGAUAUGCUUACCACUGAGGCAUCAUCACUGCUUUCUAAACUGAAUCACACAGGUCGUGUCGACUAUUCCCUGCCCUCAGGUUUCCUUGAAGUAGAUAUCAUAUCUGCCGCGAAAUCUCACGUCUCAUAUUUCGAGGAGAUGGAUAUAGCAGGAUUUAUUCUGAAGCAAAUUUUGAGUGACACACCCCACAAAUAA